AUGAGCACUGCUUACCACCCUCAAACCGAUGGCCAGAGCGAGCGGACCAUCCAAACACUUGAAGACAAGCUUCGAGCCUGUGUGACCGGUUUUGGCAAGUCAUGGGAUACCCACUUGCCCUUGAUUGAAUUUUCAUACAACAACAGCUAUCAUACAAACAUAAGGGUUACUCCUUUUGAGGCCUUAUAUGGUCGCAAAUGCAGAUCGCCUCUCUGCUGGGCUGAGGUGGGUGAUACCCAGCUGGCAAAAGGGCAGUCAUCGGACAGCACCCUUGCAGGACCAGAAAUCAUUCGAGAGACUACAGAGAAGAUAAUCCAAAUCAAAGCCCGACUCCAAGCGUCGCGUGACCGACAAAAGAGUUACGCUAACAAACGACGAAAACCUCUGGAAUUUCAAGUCGGAGAUCAAGUGCUAUUGAAGAUUCUUGCCCGAACUCGUCCGGUAGCCUAUAAACUGCAGCUACCUUCGGAGCUCAGCAAUGUACAACCCGUGUUCCACGUCUCGAAUUUGAAAAAGUGUCUAUCAGACGAAACUCUUGUCAUUCCUUUGGAAGAGAUUGAGAUAAACGAGAAUCUCUUAUUCGUCGACGAACCAGUCGAGAUAUUGGAUAGGAAAGUGAAACGUACGAAGAAGAGCCGCAUUCCGAUUGUGAAGGUUCGAUGGAACGCUAAGCGUCGACCGGAAUUCACAUGGGAACGCAAAGACCAGAUGAAGCAGAAGUACCCUCACUUAUUUUCUCAUUCAUGA